AUGGAUUCGUUCUCUCAUGACGACGCUAUCGCUUUCCUGUCAGAGCUAGGGGUGGAGGCCCUCUCGCGUCCGGGCCUUGCGGAAGACGCCCAGAUGUCCGUCAGUCGCAACGCCAGCCAAUUCAAAAGGCAGCGCCUUUUAGGUCAGCCGCGUGGCCCACCUGCUGCAGCCCCCGACGACAUGCCAGCCCCCAAACGGCCUGCACCGGGCCCUGCCCCUGCCCAUCAGCCAAACCUGGACCCCGUGUCAGUCCCGGCAAGUCUGGCCACGCAUCGGAAACAACCAGCCUGUCCCGCGGUGGCACCAGAAGAUUUAGACACCCGGGCCGAGGCUCUCCUGGUCGCUCUUGGUGCGGAGGCAGACGCGGAACUCUCCACUUUGGCGACUCAAUUCGCCAAAGUGGCCGGGCAGACCCUCGCCCCACGGACAUCCAACGAAUACUCGCGGUCUUGGGAACCUUUCCGUGAGUGGUGGGCGGCCAGGCAACUGCCUGGAAGCAUCUAUGACACCUCGGGCGAGGUGGUGGCGCUCUACCUGCUCUCCCUGCUGAACUCGUCCAAGGAAGAUAAGGUGGGGCCUGGACGGGUCCGCACAGCGAGUGCAGCAAUCAGCUCCUACUUCCGCCUGGCCAGCAGAGUGUCCCCUACAGAGCACCCUGCCUGCAGCAUCGUCCGCGACCUCGCUGAAAAGCAACUCCAAGGCCGCAAGCUGGAACACGACACCCUGGAGCCGGUGGACGUCACGGCACUGACCCGGCUGAUUGGUGGGCCAGAGCCGCCCCUCGACCAACUCAUGACCGUUACGGCAGUUGCAGUCAUGUUCACAGGGUUCUUUCGGUUUGACGACGCUGCGGAGAUAAGCGUUCACGAGGACCUUCUGGUUAUCACGGCAACCGGGAUGGAUGUCUUCAUCCCUCGGUCCAAGACUGAUCAGCAGAGACAAGGUCACUGGGUUCCCAUCGCCCGCGUCGAUGGUGCCGCCUGCCCCGUAGGCCUGACAGAGCGCCUCCUCACCCUAGGACGGUACAAACGCCGCCCAGACACGCCGGACGAGGAUGUCGGGCCCCUUCUGCGGCCUGUCCAGUGGAACAGGGCCGGGGGACACCUGUCGGGCCCUCUGACAGGCAUGGUGGCCCAGCCGAUCCACUCUCUGUCGUACCCUGCCUUCUGCCACCGGCUCAACAAGACCCUGCAAGCGGCGGGGAUCACCCGCCGCAUCACUGCACAUUCCAUGCGCAUAGGAGGAAAUAGCACUGCCGCCGAUCACGGUGUGCCUGCGGACCUGCACAAGGCGCACGGCCGGUGGUGCAGCGACGCCAUGGUGCAGCACUACACGCAGCACGACGGGGAGGCGAAACUCUCCGUCUCCCGCAGCCUAGGCCUUGCCAAAGAGCAUUCAGCCUUGUCCAAAUAG